GACAAGCUGAAGGGGUGGAGUUGCAGGGUGUGGUUAUUAGGGUCAGGGCAGCUAGGGAGGAGAGGUGGAGUGUAGGGAAACAGAAAUGCUGAUAGAAUAGAGACGGCUGAGAGAUAAUACUGUAGGGAGGAGGUCACCAUAGCCACCAUAUAGAUUUGGGGAAACAGUGCAGUAAGGGCUAUUAGUAGGAGAGGACCCCACCCCUCAACACUCCCACUGCUAGGAGGACAGCAGUGUAGCGCAGAGAGCUGCAUACAAUCUGAGCAGGGGAAACCUGAGAGAUCCCCCCCAAAUAAAUGGAGACUGUCUUGUGAAUUGGCCGUAUAUAGAUUUUAUACAUUGCUUUCACCAGGGCCCCACCCCAUAAACACACCCAGAAUGUACUGAGGAGGAGGACGGGAGGAAGACAAAAAGAAGAGAAGGCAGCCUGGUCAGGGAGACCUCAGUCCAGAGAUUAUAGCGGGAUCCUCCAUUGCCUACAGGAGAGCGACAUUAAUCUGGCACCAGGGCUUCAGCUGAGAUCCUUUCUGUGGGUGCUGGGCAGCGGGCGAUGCAUCCGGAGACACAGGCGGCCUACAAUUCCUCACCUCUAAUGUCGUCCCAUUGCAAAAUAAGUACCGAGAGAUCAGCACCAUCUCUCCUUAGUGACAUCAAGAUGGAGCCACCUGAGCAACUCUUAGACAGUGACUGCAGUUUGCCGCAGGCUGAACCAGUUGACCUUUCUCUACAUAAACCCAAACGCUCAACUCGCCAUUCUCAGAGUCCUCUUACUACUACGACCUUGUCACUGGGAACACCUCUAUCAGCACCUCCUUCAGUGGUCUCGCUGUCUGGCCUUGGUUCAGCUGUUCCUGCCGUUCUUUCUCCAGGUUCCAUCUUGGCUUCGACACAGGGCAGUGGUGGACAGCAAAUACUUCAUGUCAUUCACACUAUCCCCUCUGUUAAUUUGCCCAGCAAAAUGGGCAGUUUGCAAACCAUUCCUGUUGUGGUGCAGUCAUUGCCUGUGGUAUACACAACAUUGCCUACAGAUGGUGUAACUGCGGCUAUUACAGUGCCACUAAUAGGACUUGAUGGAAAACCAACAGGGAGAACCCAUAGUCUGAUGGUACAGUCACCAAUUUCUGAAGUUGAAGACUCAGAUUCAAGGGCAGACCAGUCUCCAUGUGACCUUGGACAAGUUGAUUUCUCACACAAUUCAGGUAAACUAGAUCCGGACUUGAUGUCCGCAGUUGAGAUAAACAGUGACAGUGAUGAGAGCCUCAUGGAGACAUCCUCCUCCUUCCAAGACACACCGCAAGGGUCACGCCUCAUCCGGAUGCAGCGCAGUGGCACAGGUUCUCCAGAUCUAAGAAAAAGGAGAGCUCAUCAGUGCGACUUUGAAGGAUGCAAUAAAGUGUACACUAAGAGUUCUCAUCUAAAAGCCCACCGGAGAAUACACACAGGAGAAAAGCCGUACAAAUGUACAUGGGAGGGAUGCACAUGGAAAUUUGCCAGAUCAGAUGAAUUGACUCGGCAUUUUCGUAAACACACAGGCAUUAAGCCUUUCACGUGUUCGUACUGUGAUCGAACCUUUUCCCGCUCAGACCAUCUGUCCCUGCACCGUAGGAGGCACAUUAUGAUGUGACAGGGCUCACGGACAUGUUGUGGCAUGGCAGGACUGAAGGAUACUUUGAUUUUUCAUCUACUUCUUCUGACUUCACUGAUGGAUACAAUGUCUCCUCUCUGCAAUAUGUGGUUAAAAUUUCACCUUUGUUAUUUUAUAUUCAACUAUUGCUGCCUAUUGUUUCUUUCCAGCACCUCUCUAUCAAGUUUCCUUUCAUUUUACCAUAUUGUACUCUAGUUACCUCAUCUUUUUAUUUCUUAUUUAUUUUUUCCUUGUCCUGUCUGUUCCUGUCACCCCGCACUAGCACAAAAGCACAGUAUUGAAGAACCCUUUUUCCUACUCCACCAGCAUCUUUGCUUCCCUUUACUCCUACGGGAGUGUGACAGACAUAUACUUCCCUACCUCCCUCAGGCUUGGACAUUAUAAAGCUUAAAGAAUACUCUUUAAGCCUCUGAGAUGCAGGAGGAAUUGCAGCAGUGAGUGCUUAUCCUCACUCACAUGAAGCUGGAUGAUUGAUUUUACAUUUUAAAAACAGCAAUACCAGAGUUCAGCACCUGAAAGUUUUCAUAACACAUAAUUUUGGACUCUUGUACACAAAUGGCAAACAAUCUGUAGUAUAUAUAGGUAAUGCAAAUGCUACAUCAGACAUGCCACUGUUUUAGGGUCACUUUAAAAGUAAUGGGAUUUGUCCCUUAUUUAACAUAUUAAUAGUUAGGCGCUAAAAAUGAAUUUGUAUUUACUUUUUAACUGUCUUUACCCUUCUUUUUAUAUUAGUUUUUAUUUUACAAAAUGUGUGCAUAUAGCUUCCAGACUGCAGGAGGUGUGUGUGCACACACAAACACACACAUCCAUCCUGUACUGAGGUGGACUGAUGUUACACAAAGGUAAAAUUUAGGAGCAUGAACUCCUCUGUGUCCACCCACAGGUGCAUCUACAUGUACAGUAUAUAUGUAAUUAUUUAUAUAUGCUACAUUACUGGCGCAUACACACAUAAAUUAUGCCAAUCAUUUUGACUCUAAAGUAAUAGUCUUAAACUCAAUCUAAUGGUUCUCAUGCCUUGUAAGUUAUCAACUUUUUUCUGAAGGAGUUAAGGUGUGUGGUAGCAUUUGCAUUUUAGUUUGUGGGAAAUGGGGGAGCAUUUUAAGUCUUUCUUCAUUUAUAAUUCCUGUUCUAAACUAUCUUACAGCUGCUCUUCUUUCCUCUCUGUCUUUUCUCAAGAAGCUCUGACCUGGGAAAAGCGUGAGAAACGCAACCAACAGAAGAAAGGGACAAUUUUGUGGAACACUUUACUGUGACUUAGCUCUGCCAGCAUUGGAAGGGAGGGAAUUGGUAUAAAUAAAUAAUAUUGAGGAGAA